CACAGUGGGCACACUUCAAACAGUUGACAUAACCCUUUUUAAUUGUAUUUGUAGUCAUCGACCUCAUCGACUGAUGAACAUUACUAUAAUUUUAUUAGAAUGAGUCCUACUGCAAUAUUAGAAAAGGAAGAGCGAUGUUUGGGAGGCAUGACUUUUUUUGCUCAAAGUCAUCCAAGUGAAGUUUGUGGAAGUAAUGGCCUACCUCUCACUCCCAAUUCUAUAACAAUAUAUGGAAAAUCACAAUUUUUAAAAAAUCUGGAGCAUCCUAAUCUCUCACCGUACGUAGAUAUCAUUAGGGGUAAACAUGAACGAACUGUAGUAGUUGCCGAAUACAGUGGUACGCCCCUUGAAUGUUGUAAUGAAAAAACAAGAUCAAUCAGUGAUAUCGUGAAAAUAGCUUAUGAAAUAUUAUCUGGACUGAGUUACAUUCAUCAAUUUGGCCUGGUUCAUCGGCAUCUCAGUCCUGAUAAUAUUUUAAUCAAGGAGAAUGGCGAUGUUCAAUUAUACAAUUAUGGACUAUACUACAUGACUGACAGAGGAAAAAAUGUUCCAUUUCCAAUCGGGUAUCCAAAAUAUACAGCUCCAGAAGUCUUUUUGAAUUCAACAGAUGAAAGCAGCUGUAAAGUAGACUCGUGGUCAUUGGGAAUAAUAAUUAGCGAAUUAUUACUUGAAAAGAGCAUAUGGCCUGGUAUAAAACUUCAUCAGGGUUUGUGGAAAAUAUUGAGCCUUCUUCAAAGUCAAAAUAGUGUUUUCGAACAUUUAGCUAGAGAGUGCGAUAGAUACAAUACAUUCAAAAAAAUACCACAAGAUGUAAGAGAUUUUGUCGAUUGUUGUCUACAAGUACGAGCUUCACAACGAAAAUCGCCCAGGGAACUCCUCAAGUUGGCAUUGUUUGACAGAUUCACCCAAGAUAAUAUGAAAAAAUAUGAGGAGAGUAUGUACAAAAAUAUUAUCGUUCGAAAUAUGGAACAACUCUAUUAUUUGUGGCAACUAGCUGGUGGUGAUAUGACAGUAGAAUUGAAAAAAAAUGGAUUGAUACGCUCAAGACCACCAAUACUUUCAAUUCCAAACUUGAUAAUUCUACUGGGACAAAUGUUCGGUCGGAGAGAUACAGCUUGCUUAUUAGAUUUACGAGUUAUUAAAGUGCCUUUGGAUACAUUGAGACAGCGUUUAUCACACAUUCCAUACAUUGCCAAUUGUCCACGUCUGACGAGUCAAAUGCAUGUCAAAGCCCAGGAUGAUUUGACUGAAACAUCCUCUCAAUUGCCAUUGGUAAUAAGAGAGAGGGACACUGAAUAUCAAUUUUACAGGAUUGUUCUAUUCGAUAGGCUAUUGAAAAUUUAUCCCAUAACAAGAAUAGCCAUCAUUCGUGAGGCUCACAAAGAUAUUCCUCCUCCAGUGAGAGGAGCUGUAUGGGCAGCUCUGCUGGGCAUCACUGGAGAUAUUGAAAAACGUUAUGAUGCCAUUGAUAAAGAAACACCAACACACACGGACCGACAAAUUGAAGUAGAUAUCCCGAGAUGUCAUCAGUACAGUGAGCUUUUAUCAUCUGGAGCCGGUCAUGAGAGACUCCAACGAUUAUUGAAAGCCUGGGUCAGAGAUAAUCCUCACUAUGUUUAUUGGCAGGGUCUAGAUUCUUUGACAGCACCAUUUCUAUACCUAAAUUUUAACAAUGAAGCCCGGGCAUUUGCCUGUCUCUCUGCAUUCAUACCAAAAUAUCUUCAUAAAUUUUUCUUGAAAGACAACAGUGCUGUGAUCCAAGAAUAUUUAGCCAAAUUUUCACAAAUAAUUGCUUUUCACGAUCCCUAUUUGGCCAAUCAUUUGCGAUCGAUUAAUUUCGUUCCAGAAUUAUUUGCCAUCCCUUGGUUUUUAACAAUGUUUUCACAUGUAUUUCCACUUCACAAAAUACUCCAUCUCUGGGAUAAACUAUUACUCGGUGAUUCCUCUUUUCCCCUUAUGGUUGGGCUUGCAAUACUCAAACAACUCCGAGACUCACUCCUCGUAUCUGGCUUCAAUGAGUGCAUUUUAUUAUUUUCUGAUCUACCUGAAAUUGAUAUUGAACUCUGUGUCAAAGACUCUAUGGCAAUGUAUCAAAAUACCCCAUCGAGUAUUACAUAUCGAAAACAUCAGUUUGAUCAGUCCAAGGCAUCCAAUUGGCAUGAGCCCGAGCCAGGAACUGAAAAAUUGCCGAGAAUCAGUAUUAAAGAUUAUAUACAGUUGUUUGAUCAGAGUAAAGAGAAUUCACAUCUUCUCACUGUUGACAUAAGGAAUAGUAUUCAAUUUGAAAGAGGAGCAGUUCCAAAUAGUAUAAAUAUACCUUUUACAAGUGUUCAAUUAUCUCAUACUCAAAUUGAUACUCUUGGACCUCAAGCAAUGGUACUGACUGAGACGAAUAACAAGAUUGUCGUUAUAAUUGGACCUCAUGAUCAGAAUAAUACAUUGUUUGCAGAUUUCCUCAUCAAAUGUGGCAUUGCCCGGGUCUGCGCACUCCAAGGUGGAAUCUAUGGACUUCGCGCAAUUCGACCACAAAUAUUAGUUCCUCCACGAGAGUAUUUAUGAAAAAUUUCACAAGCUAUUGUUUUUAUAUAUUUUUAUUUGUUCUCUUAUUAUCGUUUAUUUAGCAGGAUUAUUGUUAUGAUUCUUGAAUAAAUUUCCAUAAAUGAAUAUUAUGAAGGAUAUUUUUAUGGCUAGAAUAUCUAUUACCAUGGCAACGAAAUCACUUCAAGAGAUAUACAAACCCUACA